AUAUUCCGUUAUCUAGGUGUUGAAAGAGCUCGCGGUGUUGCUCCUGAGGAGAUCUGCGAGCGUCUAUUCUCAUUAGAAUCUGAAGUAAUGAUGAUGAUGGGUUCGUCACGCCUUGAGAGUGCUUUGCUGAGAACAGAUUGUAUGCUGUUCACUGAUGAUGGGAAGUACAUGGUCGUGGCCACGACUGCACCUGCCCCAGACCAGCUCAUAACAAUCCCUAUGGUCUAUCCAAAUCAUGAGGCGCUCCCUUUAAUCAACUAUAGUUUGGAAAUCUAUACUUUCUUCACUAUCGAUUUGGAGAAAGGGUGCAUAGCUCAUUUUGUGAUGUACAAUUUUGAUAGAAUAAAUCUGACUCAUGGUGUAGCAUUAUGUGGAUCAACAAUGAUGAUUAUGUCUCUGCAAAAACAGAUAAUCUCGCUCGUCACGGACAACUUAGGACUCUACGUCUUGACAUCAUUAUUUAGUAUCUUCUUGUGA